AUGGGUACGGGGACGCUCGCUCCCUCUCUCAAGCAGGCCUUAUUUGCCUACACCUCGUUCACACUAUUGUACAUUUUCGGCCAGUUUCGUGACUUUUUCCGGAAGCGCUGGAGCAAAGCUUCCCUGAAAGGGUACGCUCCCAUCCGCCAGGACUAUGAAGACUUCUACACCAGGCGUAUGUAUUACAGGAUACAUGACUGCUUCAAUCGGCCAAUCACUGGCCCUCCCUCCUCCUGGAUGGACGUCUUGGAGCGAACACCCGUCAACAGACAGGAACCCCUGACGACUACUGGGAAGAUCAAGCGCUGUCUGAAUCUUGGCUCCUACAACUACCUCGGCUUUGCGUCCUCUGACCCAUACUGCACCCCAAGGGUGCUUGACACGCUUUCCCAGCAUGGCUGGAGCCUGUGCAGUAAUCGCGCUGACGCCGGCACCACUCCCGUGCACGAGGAGCUGGAACGGGAGCUUGCCAGCUUCCUGGGCAAGGAGGCUGCCCUGACCUGCGGUAUGGGGUUUGCCACCAACUCCGCCUUCCUACCGGUGCUCGCGACCCCUGGCACCCUGGUCCUGUCAGAUGCUCUGAACCAUUCCUCCAUCGUGGCUGGCGUGAGGGCGGCAAAGGGCACGGUCCGCGUGUUUGACCACAACGACCCAGAGCACCUGGAGCGGCUGCUGCGCACGGCACUGGUGGAGGGCCAGCCCCGCAUCCAUCGCCCCUGGAGGAAGGUCAUCAUCGUGGUGGAGGGCAUCUACUCCAUGGAGGGCGAGGUGGUGGACCUGGCCGGCUUCGUGGCAGUGGCCAAGAAGUACAAGGCCUACAUCUGGCUGGACGAGGCGCACUCCAUCGGGGCCAUGGGGGCCACAGGGCGCGGCGUCUGCGAGCACCUGGGCGUCAGCUCGGCCGACAUCGAUGUCCUGAUGGGCACAUUCUCAAAGUCGUUCGGGGCCUGUGGCGGCUACGUUGCCGCAAACAAGGACGUGAUCGACUACUUCAAGGCACAAUGCCCUGCGCACCUGUAUGCGACGGCCAUGACCCCCCCUGCCGUCCAAAUGGUCCUCUCCGCGCUGCGCCUCAUCACUGGCGCAGACGGCAGCGACCGCGGCGCGCACAAGCUGUCCCAGCUCCGGACCAACGCCAACUACUUCCGCUCUGGGCUUCUGCGCCUGGGCUUCAACGUCCUGGGAGACUGGGAUUCGCCCGUCAUGCCCGUCAUGAUCUUUCAGCCGGCAAAGCUGUCCGCCACCUCGCGCGAGAUGCUGCGCCUCGGGGUGGCAGUCGUGGAAGUCGGCUUCCCUGCCACGCCGCUCCUCACUUCCCGCAUGCGCGUCUGCAUCUCUGCCUCCCACACGCGCCAGGACCUGGACUACGCCCUACAGCUCUUCGACUACGUCGCAGAAAGAUGCGACAUUCGAUAUGGCGGCGACACGGCUAGGGCACUGGCUAAUACCGGACCUAAAAUUCAGGCUGUAUAG